AUGAAGCUCAAGUGUAGUCGGGACGACCCAUGUUCAAACUGUGUAUCGCGUGGUCUUACGUGUCAAAGGGCAUACCGUGGGUCUCUCAAGCCAUCAUCACACGCUGAACAACCAACUCAGUCCUCGGGUCCUACCAAUGAGGACCUCCUAGUUAGAAUACAGCGGUUAGAAGAACUCAUUCUUCGAUCCCAUUCUGGAACUAGUCCUUCUACAAUUGAGAAAACCUCUCAAUCACCGGUGGUUCCAUCGUAUAUCUCAGAAGGCGAAGGGGACUCUAGGUGGUUGGAAGAAGUCGGCACUCGCGAGCCGUCAGUGUUAUCCGACCUCUCCAAUGGACUUUCUUUUCGCGUUUCCACAAUACAACGGGCUCUGUCUAGUGAUUCCGUUAUAGGAGACUCGCCGGGCAGUAACUCGGGAUCUGUCAAUGUGUGGCUGCCGUCGAAGAUUGAAGCGACAUGGCUUCUCGAUAAAUACGUCGAUCACGUGGCAUUUUUACACCAUAUUGUACAUCUUCAAUCGGUGCGUACGCUGAUGGACGACAUGUACAGACAACUCGGAUCGGGCGUCGUCCUGGAGCCGAGCCAUGUUGCAUUGCUCUUAAGCAUUUUCGCCAGUACCGCUGUCAUCCUAAGCUCGCAUCCGGGAUCAGCGUCAGUCUUGGGUAGUGAGAAAAAUGCAUUUUCAUGUGCAUGUUCGUGGAGCAAAGCAGCUCUCAAUGUGCUUGACCACUCUAGCAGGAGCUCACAAGGCUCUGUCGAGGAUGUACAGGCAAUGAUAAUCCUAUCCUUUGUCGUUUUCAACUUCGAGGGCUUUAAUGUCAGGUUUCGGACUUUAAGUAGUAACGCACUGACCAUUGCUCGAGAUCUAUCCUUGCAUCGCUUAGAUGCCACUUCUGCGCGACCGAAUAUUUCGCAGGAUAGCUCGGGAAAAACGGAGAUCAAAAGACGUGUUUGGUGGCAUUUGGUUUCUACUGACUGGCUUCUUGCCCUCUCUGGAGGACCCCAAGAAGGUACUUACCUGGUUAACCCCAAUCACAUGCUCGUCAACUGCCCGCGGAACAUUGACGACGUAGACCUCGACUGUCAAGACCCCAGUUACAAUGUACCCUUACUCCAACCCACUGCCAUGUCCUACUCAUUAUUUAGGGCCCAACUUGCAAAUAUCUGUCGUACUGUGGUUGAUACGCUGCCACCUUCAUUCUCGAGCUGGGUCGAGGUCAACUACGAUGAGAUCGUGUCGCUGGAUCAGCAAUUUGAACAUUUCUUGCGUGACCUUCCAUUCUUUUUCCGUCUUGAUGAGGCAAGCCGCAAACAAAGCCGAGAGAUUGACCGGGAGUAUCCUCAAUUUUUAUUCCAACGCUAUAUCAUCAGUAGCACGGUACACUCUUGUCGUUUUAAAUUGAAUCAACCAUUCUUUACCCGCACGUCCCUUAACAGACGUUUCGAAUACUCACGAAAUGUUUGUUUACAAUCUGCUCGGGCUAUCAUAGAGAUGAAACGACAGCUAGACAAUAAUGAUACCAUCGCAAUCUCAGGGCGCCUGGCUAUAUUUCUCCACACGUUUUAUCUGGCCACUGUCGUUCUGGUUAUGGACUUCUGCAUGAACAAAGACCAACGCGACGACAGCGAGCGACGACGGGAAGUUGUGGGAGCAUGUCGAGAUUUACAAGUUGCGUCUAGGAAUUCCCCUUUGGCUUCUCGGUUCCUGGAGUCACUCACCACCAUCCUUCGAAAGUAUGGAGUUGACAUCUUGCCGCCAGAGUCUUCACAGACAAUCUUAGGCCCGGAGCCUUUUCCUGUCUCGGUUGGCUUGGAAUCAGGGUUUGUUGAUGGGGUUCAAGACAGCCACACAGGCUAUGACACUCAAAGCGCUGAGAUCGAGGGGUCGUGGGAAAGUUUUAUUGACCCCAAUCACGCCAAUGGUGAAGUCAGCUGGGAUAGCCUCUUUUCUAUACUCGAUGCGCAAUUGACCUGA